AUGGCCGGUCGUGAAGGUCUCAUUGACACUGCCGUCAAGACUGCCCGUUCCGGAUACCUGCAGCGCUGUCUGAUCAAGCACCUCGAGGGUGUCAAGGUGCACUACGACCACACUGUUCGAGACUCGGACUCGUCCGUCCUGCAGUUCCUCUACGGUGAGGACUCGAUCGACGUGACCAAGUCGAAGCACUUGCAGCAAUUCGACUUUGCCGCACGCAACCACGACUCGAUGGUGACGCGCUACGACCCGGAGGGCAUCAAGGGCAAGGUGAUCAUGGACGAGGCGGUCGAGUACACGAAGAAGGCGCUGAAGAAGCCGGGCAAGUACGAGCCGGCGAUGAGCGUGUUCAGCCCGAGCCGAUACCUCGGCUCCAUGUCUGAGGCGUACGUGCGCAAGCUGAACGACUACAUCAAGACGAACCAGAAGGGCCUCAUUGCCCGCAAGGGCGGUGCCGACGCCCAGACGCCCUCGGCCAUCACCGCGCACAAGGUGCCGGAGAAGGCGUUCAUGCAGCUCGCGCGUGUGCGCUACAUGCGCUCGCUCGUGGAGCCGGGAGAGGCCGUCGGUCUCCUCGCGUCGCAGGGUGUCGGAGAGCCGUCUACGCAGAUGACGCUGAACACCUUCCAUUUGGCCGGUCACGGUGCCGCCAACGUCACGCUCGGUAUCCCUCGUCUUCGUGAAAUUGUCAUGACUGCCGCCCAGAAGCCGGCGACGCCGACGAUGAAGCUCCCCCUCCGCGAGGAGGUCGAUGUCGCCGAGGUCGACUCGUUCGUCAAGCAGGUCUCGCGCCUGACGCUCGGCGAGGUCAUUGACCGCGUCGUCGUCACGGAACAGCUGACGGGCAAGGUUGCCGCGAACAACGACACGCGCAAGCGCAAGUACACUGUUCUGCUCGAGUUCUACCCCGCCAAGGAGUACGAGGAGGAGUACCAGAUCACCAAGGCGCAGCUGCACGAGUCGCUGGUGUCGAGCUUUGCGCUCCGCCUGCGCAAGGAGAUUGUCACCGAGACGCGCCUGAUGGAGAAGUCGCGCCAGCAGGACGAGACGGUCGGCAAGGGUCUCAAGAUGAAGGCGGACGAGCUGGACGAGUCUGGCCCCGUGCGUCGCGGGCGCGACGCCGAGCUUGACGACGACGACGAGGACGCCGGCCAGCUCAAACGCCAGGCCCAGGCCCGGCAGCACGAGUACGAGGACGACGAGGCUGCGAACAACAACGCCAUGGACCUCGAGGACAUGAUCGAGGCCGAGGCCAUUAGCGAGGACGAGGACAGCGACGACGACGAGGGCGCCAACGCCGCUGCGCGCUCCGCCCACGCGGCGACGAAUGCGCGCUCCGACGCGCUCGCCGACGCCUUCGCGACUGCGUCGCGCUUCGGCGAGAACUUCUCCUUCGACACGAAGCACGGCAAGAGCGCGCAGUUCGAGCUCGAGUUCCCGGGCGACAUGCCCAAGCUCCUCCUCGUCGACCUGAUCGAGCGCACCUGCCGCGCGUCGGUCGUGCACGAGAUCGACAACAUUGGUCGCUGUCUCAAGGACUUCAACGAUAAGGGCGAGUUCACGCGCUCCAUGACCACCGAGGGCUCCAACCUCAAGGGCAUGUGGGAGCUGGCCGACGAGCUCAUCGACCUCGACAAGCUCGGGUCCAACGACGUCUACGCCAUCCUCCGCACGUAUGGUGUCGAGGCCGCCCGUCGCAGCAUCAUCAAUGAGAUGAGCUCCAUCUUCGGCGCAUACGGUAUCGGCGUCGACUACCGCCAUCUCACGGUCAUUGCCGACUACAUGACCCACCACGGCGGGUACCGCCCCUUCAACCGUACCGGUAUCGCGAGCAAGAGCUCGCCCCUCCUCAAGGCGUCGUUCGAGACCACCGUCGCGUUCCUCUCCGAGGCGACGCUGCAUGGUGACUUUGACGACCUCACGUCCCCCGCCGCCAAGAUUGUCAUGGGCAAGCCGUCCGGAAGCGGAACGGGCGCCUUUGACAUUCGCGCUCCUCGUCGCGUGGGUGCAUGA